AUGUUGGCACCAACGGCUUUGAAUGGCCCCAAGGCACCUUCACCUCUCGUGGCCAAAAUCACGUCGGUCCUAUCGAAAUCGUACUCGGACACAGAGUUCAGGGAUGCCUUGGCACUGCUCGAUGAGCGCAAGGUCAUCAAUGAGCCAGAAUCAAGACGACAAGUGCGCUUGGACUUGCAGAAGGAAGUUAUCGACAGCAACGCCGAAAUCAUCCGUGAGUUUGGCAAGGUUUCCGAGCAACUCCAGCGCAUCAAAGGCACAGUGGAUAAGUUGAACUCACGGUUUGAGACCGUCAAGCGAAGCGUUGCGGCUGCGCAAGUCGAGACGCAGCCAGCCCUACGCGAGGCUUCGUCACUCAUACAGCAGCAAGAGCAGCUCCGGAAAAAACGAGUGUUGCUCGAUACCUUCACAACGCAUUUCUCUCUGUCCGACGACGAGGUCGCCUCGUUAACGGUGACCAGUGAGCCGGUGGAUGACAGUUACUUUGCAGCACUGAGGAAGGCAAAAAAGAUCCGUGACGAUUGCCACGUGCUGUUGGGUUUCGAGAGCCAGGCGUUGGGCUUGGAGCUCAUGGAUCAGACUUCCAAGCGCAUAGAUCUUGGCUAUCAAAAGCUGUACAAAUCGGUGCAGCGUGAGUUCAAGACCCUGAAUCUCGAAAACCCACAGAUGAAUCCGUCCAUCAGGCGCUCCUUGAGGGUUCUUGCAGAAAAGCCAACGCUGUUCCAAAAUUGCAUAGCGUUCUUCGCCGAAGCCCGAGAGAGAAUCCUGACAGAUGCGUUUCAUUCAGCUCUAGUUGGAACACCUUCCCGUUCCACCGAUCGUUCAGCAAAACCGAUUGACAUGGUCGCACAUGAUCCUUUGCGUUACGUGGGCGACAUGCUAGCCUGGAUACACUCGGCUGCUGUCAGUGAACAUGAGGCGCUGGAAGUACUAUUCGUCUCGGAGGGCGAAGAACUCGCCAGAGGCCUGAAAACCGGGCGCGAUGCUGAAGUCUGGCGGCUAGUAGCCGAUGAUGACGAUCAAUCCGCCGAUUACAAUGCGUUGAGAGCACUCGAGGAUCUCAUCGACAGAGACAUCUCUGGUGCUGCCCGAGUUCUUCGUCAGAGAAUUGAGCAGGUCAUCCAGGGCAAUGAGGAGACGAUUGUAGCAUACAAACUGUCAAAUCUAGUGGGCUUCUACCGAAUAACAUUCGAGAAGCUUUUGGGCUCUGCAUCGACGCUCGUGGACACUAUGAGCAGCUUGCAAACAGAAGCGUUCCGCCAGUUCAAGGCCCUCGUCCGAGAGCACAUUGCAACUUUACAUGGGCAGUUCCAGCAAACUCCCUCAAACCUCGAACCCCCGGCGUUUUUACAUGAAUGUUUGAAACAGCUGGACGCCUGUAUACAUUCUUACGAUUCGUCUCUAGCGACACCCGGGGACAGAAAGAGCGGGUUCGAUCCGCUGUUGGCUGAAGCCUUUGAUCCUUUCAUGUCCGGAUGCGAGAACAUGGCUCGCUCUAUGCCAAAACUCAAUUCCUCAAUUUUCCUCAUCAACUGCUACCUACUCGCAUUGUCGACGCUAGACGGGUUUGAUUUCACAGAGGCAAGGGCGAACAAUAUCCACGAAGCGAUGGAUAAGGUGGCUGAGGACCUCACUGGGAACCAACUACAGUUUCUCCGCGACGCUUCGGGCCUUGAUGCUAUCCUUGAUGCUUUUCUGGGCGAGGCGAAAGAAUCAAAACCUAGUAUGGACCCAGCCCAGUUGCGCGAGGCCAGCCAACGCCUGGAUGAUUUCUUACCCUCCGCAUGGAUGGAUAGUCUGGAGAGGGUGCGACAUCUGCGAGAUUCAACUCUAGCACGCCAGAUCACACAAGAUGCAGCUGAGGACUUCUGUCGUCAAUUUGAACAGCUGGAAGCGGCGAUUGAUAAGGCGGACAAGGACAGUAUGGGUGGGCGGGAAGAAGAUCAGCCCGGACCUCUUCGCUUGGCACUACCACGAACUACCGCAGAACUGAGUGUUCUUCUCAAGACGUUGGCGGUACUGCAGAAGACAUACGAUGACAGCUACUUAAGCUGCUCCACGGCGGUGUAUCAUGAAAGCCAGGGCAACGAAAUAGAGGCGAUGCGCCAUUGGAGAGGAGCUCUCGAUCAGAUUUACGAGCAUAACGCAAACAAGAUCACCCCCACGUACAUCCCUCGCAGCGAUACCGAGAAGGCCCUCAUUGAAGCGCUGAAGCAGCUGGAAUUACAAUGCAAAGAAAGGAUCGAUCUGCUCGAAGCGCUACGUGUGUCGAGACGCGACAGCCCAACAACAGAGCCUGGUGGCAGCGGUGCGAAGAAGCAGACGUCGAACAACAUUAGCGAUCACCCUGGGAAAGGUUCUAUAGGACAGGGAACUAUUCCUGCAGUCACAUAUUCGGAGCUAUCACGGCCGGCCCUGCUCUCUAGGCCAUCUCUUCCAAAUCGACCAUCUGCUUCGAGUCGAACGUCCUUGGAAGCUGCCCACACUACAGGGAACGGAUACGAGAAUGAGGAUUUGGCGGCUCCAUCGACAUCAACGCCAAAAUCACGAUCUCCUGCUCGACCCGCAGGCCCGCAUGGUGCAGGCAGGGCUCUGAGUCCGGACAAGUACACCAUGCGCACCACCCUACGAACGGGCAAACCUGGGGAGAAGGCGCCCAGAAGUAGCCGCAAGUCGCCAAACCCCGCCGCUGAGGGUCCCAGUAAAGCAGCUACACUCGCAUGGAGCUCUCUGAGCUCUCGCGAGAAGCCAUCACGGAUGGCCAAACCCAUUUUCGAGUCGCCAUCAUCAUCUCAAUUUCGCAGCCAGUCCUCGUUCGACCAGGCGCCAAAUACAACUCAGCGCCAAUGGGACAGUCAUUCCCGGCGGCUCGUGACUCCCGUCAACACCAUUGACCUUGCGGCUGAUGCGGACUCGUCUUCGGCCCGGCGGGACUCUGACGAGCUCGCGCAGCCUUCGCACUUGUCUGUCAGCGCUGCGUCUAGUGCCUUGACAUCUGCCCAGGAAGUACCGUCGGCAACGUCUCCUAGUCCCCGGAACAACGCGACUCGCAUAGGACGAUCAGAUCCAAUCCCAUCGAGAAGAAGUCACGAUGUUUCCAGGCGAAAUAGCAACGGUAACAGCAGCACAGCUCCGCGAGGAAGCAUUACAAGUCCGGCAGAGGACACUAUCAAGAGGAAGGUGGUUCCUCGGGUCAAGCCAAAACCACGAAAGCUUUCUGCCAAUCAUCCAGAAAUUGGACCCCGCGCUCGUCCACGUGUGACGCCCACAGCUCCAGCUGCCAUGGCCACCAGUAGCUCCGAGGACGACGGCGGGAGAGAUUUAAGUCGCCGGAACCCUAGCAAACCUGGGCCAGCGAGGGCGGCCGCGCGCGACGAAACUCCAGAGGAUUCUUCUGCGGACGAGAGCGUCACAGAAGACUUUCUAUGGAAAAAGAAGAAAGAGACGCUGCUGAAGAAUCUCCCACCAGGAGUCGAUGAACCAGCUGCGAAGCAGAUUUUGAAUGACAUCAUAGUCCAGGGGGACGAAGUUCGCUGGACCGAUGUUGCCGGACUUGACGUUGCCAAAAAUGCUCUCCGAGAGGCAGUUGUGUAUCCCUUCCUCCGGCCAGACCUGUUCAUGGGACUUCGGGAGCCCGCACGUGGCAUGCUUCUUUUCGGUCCGCCUGGAACAGGAAAAACGAUGCUGGCACGCGCUGUUGCUACCGAAUCGAAGUCGACGUUUUUCUCGAUAUCUGCGAGCAGCUUGACAAGCAAGUUUCUAGGCGAGUCCGAAAAACUCGUCAGGGCUUUAUUCGGACUCGCAAAAGUUCUUGCUCCAAGCAUCAUAUUUGUGGACGAGAUAGAUUCCCUACUGUCGCAAAGGUCCGGCUCUGGUGAACACGAGGCUACUCGUAGGAUCAAGACCGAGUUCCUCAUCCAGUGGAGUGACCUCCAAAGGGCUGCUGCUGGUAGAGAAACCACGGAUCGCGACAAGGAAAGGGGCGAUGCCAAUCGGGUCCUCGUCCUAGCAGCCACAAACCUGCCAUGGGCCAUUGACGAAGCGGCGCGUCGACGAUUCGUGAGGAGGCAGUACAUUCCACUCCCGGAGUCAACUACGCGAGAGACUCAGCUGAAGACAUUACUUGCUCAACAGAAGCACGGUCUUUCGGAAGAUGAUAUAGCGACGCUCGUUGACUUGACAGAAGGUUUCUCAGGUUCAGAUAUCACAGCUUUGGCAAAAGAUGCAGCCAUGGGACCAUUGCGUUCGCUUGGCGACGCUCUGUUGCACAUGACCAUGGAUGACAUAAGACCCAUUGCUUUGUCAGACUUUCAGCUCAGUUUAGGCUCAAUCAGACCAAGUGUGAGCAACGCAGGCCUGAAAGAGUAUGAGGAUUGGGCCAAAGAGUUCGGGGAGCGUGGUGGCUGA